CCGUCCACCGCCGUCGCAUCCCUCCCCACACGUCCUCAUCAUGGCCUCCGGCGUCGGCGUCAACCCCGUAUGCUUGGACGAAUACCAGAAGCUGAAGCUCGGCAAGAGCAUCAAGUACAUCAUCUACAAGCUCUCGGACGACAACACGGAGAUUGUCGUCGAGAAGACGUCGCAGAGCAAGGACUACGAUGACUUUGUGAGCAGCCUGCCCGAGCAGGAGUGCCGGUACGCGGUGUACGACUUCGAGUUUGAGAAGGAGGACGGCAAGCGGAGCAAGAUCUGCUUUGUUGCAUGGUCGCCGGAUGAUGCGAAGAUCAAGAACAAGAUGCUUUACGCCUCCUCCAAAGACGCGCUUCGACGCUCUCUUGUCGGCAUCGCCGUCGAGAUCCAGGGAACGGACCUGAGCGAGGUGGCAUACGACUCUGUGUUGGACAAGGCGUCGCGCUUCAAGUAGAUAUGUCGUGGCCAGGUGCCAUUCCGCCGUAGCCCUCAUCUUCCGCGCCGCCAGCGCAUCCCUGUACAUAUCCCACUAGUCGACGACCUUGGUCGGAACAAUACGAAAUGAAGAUACCAAUUGUAGACCCAUCC